AUGGCCUGGGCUGGAACAUCAACCUAUAAGCCCACCGCUGGUGCAGGUAAACAGGGGGACCAAGCAUUUUUACCACCAGCUCGCUGCCCUAAUGGGCUUCCAAGUGGGUCAUGGCCGACGUUUGUCAUCGAGGCAGGGGUUUCCGAGUCCCUCAGUCGGCUUCGUGAAGACGCUAGGGGAUGGUUUGUCAUUUCCGAGGGUCAGGUGCGCAUUGUCAUCAUCAUCUCGAUUAAGUCGACCAACAUCACGUUCGAAAGAUGGCAACUAGCUCCCAGCAACGCUCCACGCCCACUCACUCGGGCAUAUCUUAGUCCACUCUGCGCACAAAACCCCAAUAUCCCUCCCCUUACCAUCCAACCAAUUACCACCCAGCAGCCAGACUCAGUACAGGAGGUCUACGUCGAGCCUAACAGAGUUGUCGGGGCCCCGCUAGUCAUCCCAUUCGUUGCUAUUCACGACCGAGUCCCGGGACCAGGCGAACAUGACAUCCUUAUUGACGCACAGAAUUUUCUUGAAAUCACUGAGAAGUUAUUCUGA